AAGUUUCUGAAGUAGAGUUCAGUGUUCUGAGUGCCGGAGCCGGGGUGUCAAGAGGCCCCGCCGUGCCUGGCGAACCUGGGGACCUGAAAUCUAUACUCUCAAAAUCUUCUCUACAUUGUCAACAGCAACAGAAAAAUGAAUGGAUCUCUGGGGUUGGUAUCCUUUGAGGAUGUGUCUAUGGACUUCAGCUGGGAGGAGUGGAAGGACCUGAAUGGUGCCCAGAGGACCCUGUAUAGGGAUGUAAUGCUGGAGACCUAUAGCAACAUGGUAUCCUUGGGGUACUGCAUUCCUAAACCUGAAGUGAUUGUGAAGCUGGAGCAAGGGGCAGAGCCAUGGCUGGGAGAAGCCCCAGAUAAAAGUAUCACAGAUGUCCAGCAAGUUGAUGGUUUCAUUGAAAUGUGCCAGGAAUGUCCAGACACACAUCUGUUGCAAAUUGUAAUCACCAAUAAUAACACAGUGGAGGAAAGAGUUAGGGUUUUAGGUAUAAAAAAUGUAUCAAAUCUUGCUACAAACCAGACCUCACUGUGUAACAGGAAACUCACACAGGAGAGAUACCCUAUGAAUAUAAUGAAUGUAAUUCCCAGAAGUCAAAACUCAUCAAAACUCAGAGAACUCACACAGGAGACAAAUGACAUGACUGUGGAAAGUCUUUCAAGCAAAACUCAUACCUCAGUAUGUCUCAGAGAAGACACACAGAAGAGAAAUCUUAUGAAUAUGACAUAUGUGGAAAGUCUUGUAAGUGAAAAUCACAGCCAAGUGUGCAUCAAAGAACACACAAGGGAGAAACCAUAUGAAUGUAACACGUGUGGAAAGUCUUUCAUACUGAAUGCAAACCUCAAGGCACAUCAAAGAACACACACAGGAGAGAAACAAUUUGAAUGUAACAUAUGUGGAAAGUCUUUCAGACAGAUGUCACGUCUCCACAUGCAUCAGAGCACACACACAGGAGUGAAAUCUUAUGAAUGCAACAAAUGUGGAAAGUCUUUCUACUAUAAGUCCCACCUCAGUGUGCAUCAGAGAACACACACAGGAGAGAAACCAUAUGAAUGUAACACAUGUGGAAAGUCUUUUGUCAUCAAGUCAUUCCUCAAUGAUCAUCAGAGAAUUCACACAAAAGAGAGGCCUUACGAAUGUAACAAAUGUAGAAAGUCUUUCAGCAGGAAAUCAAGUCUUCUCAGGCAUCAGAGAAUUCACACAGGAGAAAAACCUUAUGAAUGUCACAAAUGUGGAAAGUCUUUUGUUUUCAAAUCAAACCUCAAUGAGCAUCAGACAACACACACAGGAGAGAAACCAUAUGAAUGUAACACAUGUGGAAAGUCUUUUGGCCAGAAAUCAAGUCUUAGCAAGCAUAAGAGAAUUCACACAGGAGAGAAACCUUAUGAAUGUAACAAAUGUGGAAAGUCUUUCCACUACAAGUCAUACCUCAAUGUUCAUCAGAGAACACACACAGGAGAGAAACCAUAUGAAUGUAACACAUGUGGAAAGUCUUUUGUCACCAAGUCAUUCCUCAAUGAUCAUCAGAGAAUUCACACAGGAGAGAAACCUUAUGAAUGUAACAAAUGUGGAAAGUCUUUUGUUUUCAAGUCAAGCCUCAAUGAGCAUCGGACAAUACACACAGGGGAGAAACCAUAUCAAUGUAACACAUGUGGAAAGUCUUUCAGCUAUAUGGCAAGUCUCUGUAGGCAUCAGAGAAUUCACACAGGAGAAAAACCUUAUGAAUGUAACAAAUGUGGAAAGUCUUUUACCAACAAGUCAUACCUCAAUGCUCAUCAGAAGACACACACAGGAGAGAAACCACAUGAAUGUAACACCUGUGGAAAGACUUUUGUCACCAAGUCAUCCCUCAAUGAUCAUCAGAGAAUUCACACAGGAGAGAAACCUUAUGAAUGUAACAAAUGUGGAAAGUCUUUUCACUACAAGUCAAGCCUCAAUAUUCAUCAAAGAACACACAAGAGAGAAACCAUAUGAAUGCAACACAAGUGGAAAGUCUUUCAGCAAUAUUUCAAGUCUCCACAGGCAUCUGAGAAUUCACACAGGAGACAAACGUGAAUAUAACAUGUGGAAAGUUUUUCACCAGCAAGUCAGAUCUUAGACAUCAGAGUUUACACUGGAGAGAAAUCAGUACCAUCAGAAAAAUGGAAAUGAAAAUUCUAAGAGCUUUGAACUUUGGUCUGGGUCAGCCUCUACCUCUCUACCUCCUUCAUAGAGCAUUGAAAAUUACAGAGGUUGACAAGCAUACUUUGAAGCAGCAUACUUUGGCCAGAUACCUAAGGAACUGACUAUGAUAGAUUAUGGAAUGGUGCACAUUCCUCCUCAAAUUGCAGCAGGAGCUCUUUGAUUUGCACUGGGAAUUCUUGAUGGUGAAUGGACAUGACUUCUCUAGCAUUACCUGUCUUACAUUGGGAAUCUCUUCCUCUUAUGCAGCACCUGGCUAACAACAUAGUCAUGGACAGUUGUGGCUUCCAAAGCACAUGACUUUUGAGAAGAGUAUGCUACACAUAGACAUGCCAACAUCAGCAUCUACCACAGCUGGAUUCUAUAGUAGUGACAAAGGUCUCAAACUUGUCAACUUGUUUUGAUGUACUAUGAUAAUAAUUGCAAAUAAAAUUGGCACCAUGUGCCGCUUGUAUAUACUA